AACGCAUUGCCCGGUGCAUUUACUGAGAUCAUUUUGGGUAAAAUCUAAACACAGUCUUGGUCAUAUUUCAGUCUAACAGAAAAUGAGGGCCUGUGAUAAAUCUAUGAAAAAGAUGAAGCACUUCAUCGUAGCUGAGGCGUUAUUAAAUUGAUGACGUUCAGAAUGACAAUUCUAGCAAAGUUUGUUUCACCUGCUCGGUGUGUUUCAUCUCGACUAUGGAAAAGCUCUGAUCGUGAAUGGAUACGAUGCAUCCAUACGUUCUCACAAAGUUGUCAAAAGUCGGACACUGAUGAUCACCGAUGCCCUGGAUUUGAUAAAUACAAGGACUUGGUGGGAUAUUUUAAAAGAAGACUGAAGGCAACAUACCGUCGCUUCUCUGACUCAUCUGACUGCUCAUUGGUGUAUGGACGUGACCAUGUGUACUCGAUUGAAAGCGAUGGCAUCUACAGAAGAAACAAAAGACAAGCAGGUGUCCCAGACCAGGUUCUAGAUCUGACUCAAUUUGAUGGUUGGGAGGAGAAAACAAAAUGCAGGAGAAGGAAAAGGAGGCAAACUUCUCAGUGGUCUGUCCAGAGAGUCCGUGUCUCUCCCCUGGAGAGUCAUCUCGCUGCUACACUGACGACUGCACAGCAAGAGGAGCAGAGGUGUGUUGUCGUGAGGCUCAGAGAAAAGAAUCCCAUCCCUCCGAAGAUUGUACAGACUUUGGACAAAGUCUUCAGUUUUGAGUGGGCGACAGAAGACGUUUUGUUUUUCACCACCGUGGAAGAUCUAUGCUCCAUUGAAGUGCACCGCCUCAAUCUGAACUCCAACAGAAACACCUUCACCUCAGUGUACAAGGCAACAUGUCCAGAUGUGUUUGUGGAGGUUUCCCUCUCCAGAGACCGUCAGAUACUCACCAUCAACUGCAGCAGCCGGACCAGUUCAGAGGUUCUCGUGGUCAUCCCAGCUGCUGUCACUUUGGAGCCUCUUCUGGUUCAGAGGCGUCAACCAGACCUGCUGUAUCACGUGGAGCAUUGGAGGAACUGGUUAAUUAUCCUAGCGAACACUGGAGCUGGCCUGGAGUAUCAGGUUCUACGUGCCCCUCUGUCUAACUGCUCUAUGGCCUCCUGGGAUCCUGUCUUCACCCCCAGCCAUGGAACUGUCAUCACAGACAUGGAUGUUGUCGGCGACCACUGUGUGCUGGUCACUAAAACUCCUGCUAACCAACUGGAGCUGGUAGUUGUGUCGCUGACUCAACCUGGACAAGCUUACAUCUUACAGUUGCCUUCAUGGGUGUGUGCUAUUGAAACAAGGCAUCCUGGCUUCACGGAAAAUCAUUGUGUUUUGGAGUUUCUCAUUUCAUCGCCAGUCCACCCUCCGGAGCUGUACUCCCUUGACCCCAAACAGGGUCGUCUUCUUUCAGGCGCUGCUCAAGAGAAGGACAGGAGCUUCAUCGUGACACGCUCAGAGGCCCGCAGCCAAGAUGGCACCUUGAUCCCAGUGACUCUGCUGCAUUCAGGACCACUAGAGUCACUGAAGAAGGCGCCACUUCUCGUCCAUGUGUACGGAGCAUAUGGUAGAGAUUUGACCAUGCAGUUCUGUCCUGAGAGAAGACUUCUGAUGGAGCUCGGCUGGACGCUGGCCUACUGCCACAUCCGAGGUGGGGGAGAACGUGGACUAUCAUGGCAGAGACAGGCCAGAGUGGUACACAAGCACAAAGGAAUGGAGGACCUGCAGGCUUGUCUCCUUUAUAUCUUCUCCUCUGGAGUCUCCUCAUCUGCCAACACUGUCCUCACAGCCUACAGUGCCGGUGCUGUGCCAGUGGGGGCGCUGUGCAACAGACACCCACAUCUGGUGAAGGCCGUUACACUUCAGAGUCCCUUCCUGGAUGUUUUGGGAACAAUGGAGGAUCCAGACCUUCCACUGACUAUAGAAGACAGGGAGGAGUGGGGGGAUCCUUUAAAGAACCCACAACACAGACAGGCUAUCUUGUCGUAUUGUCCGCUCCACAACAUCGCUCCACAGUGCUACCCUUCAAUGUUGGUGACGGCCUUCAGAGGUGACACCCGGGUUCCUCUGGCUGGGAUCCUGAAAUAUACCCAGCGAAUUAAAGAGGCCGUGGACACACACUUCAGCAGGCAGCCUCCGGCAGAAAACACACCACAGCCAAACGUCCUGCUGAAGGUUCGACCAGGAGAGAGCCACGUGAGAGCUGGAGACUUGGAGUGUAAGAUGGAGGAGGAAGUGCUAGAGCUGGCCUUCAUCUACAAAGAGUUGAGACUAAAUCCUCCCUCAGCUGCACGCAGGAGGAAGAGGCCAGAAGCAGACCCACGAUGAGCAUCCCAACUUCAUCUUCUGAGGCAGAGAUUAUGAGGAAGCCAAGAUUAAUGUCAGGAGAAGUGAGUGACGGUUGGUGCUAUUUUUAUUACUCAACCAAAACCGCACAAAAGGAGUCAAAUUAGCAUUUAUACAGCAAAUCCAGCACACUGAGAUAACAGGCCUUCUCAGAGAUGUAGCACUGUCCGGGACGGCUGGGAUUAAACCGACUGUCCGUGUGGUACCGAAUGACCAAACCCUCUCCAGCUGCUGUCAGGAUUCUGGACUUUUGAAAAACCUUGCCAUUGUUAGUCACAUUUGUGCUCAUCAAGACCUGCAGCUGGUCCGGCAGCUCCGACACAGAGGAGAGAUCUGUGGUGGCGGGUUCUUUCCCAAAGUUAAGGACCAUGAGGAAGGCUCGCUGGAGACCGUCCAGUUCUCUGAGGAAGGAGAAGACGUUGGAGUCCGCAUGGACGUAACAGAACCAGCCACGAUUCAGUGGGAGUUCGGCCUGGCGCAGAGCGUUCAGGGAGCCGUACUGGGCCAGCACCGAACCACUGUCCGCUCGCUGAGUCUGGAGGACAAAGAACAUUGUUUCACAUCAGAAAGUCUCGAUCACAAGUUCAAAAAUAAUGUUUGUUGAAAUGAGUGUGUGAUGUCAUCAAUAUAUAAGUUCAUGUCAUAGAAGAGCUACAACAAA